GUGGAGAGUGGGGGGAUUUCCAUCUGCCACAGCAGAUCUUUAUGAAUGAAUAAAACUUCCGGAAUAUAAAUGUGAUACCUGGUUUUCUCCACUUAUCACUGUUUUAUUUCAAUUGUCUGUUUAUAUUGUCUCUUACCAGGGCCGACAACUGGCGUGUUGACACUGGAUCUGAGCCAAGUCAACACAACGGCCUGUCUCCGUUUGGAAAGCGAGUUGUUUUGGAGAUGAACCGUUUGGGGAUGUUGGUCGACUUGGCUCAUGUGACUGUCGAGGUCAUGAACCAGGUGCUGAACAUCUCCAGAGCCCCCGUCAUCUUCAGUCACUCCUCCGCUUACAGCAUCUGUCCACACAAGAGAAACGUACCUGACGAUAUUCUCAGGAAACUCAAUGAAUCCCACGGAGUGAUCAUGGUGAACUUCUACAACGACUACGUGACCUGCAGUAAAACUGCCAAUCUCUCAGAUGUUGCAGAUCACUUUGACAUAAUAAAAAAAGUGGCCGGAGCAGGAGUCAUCGGUUUUGGCGGAGAUUAUGACGGAGUCACCAGACUGCCAGAAGGUUUGGAGGAUGUUUCCAAGGUUCCUAAACUGGUGGCUGAACUGCUGAGACGAGGAUGGACUGAUGUGGAGGUGAAAGCCGCUCUGGGAAUGAACCUGCUCCGAGUUCUGGACGAGGCCCAGAAGGUCCGUGACAGUAUGAAGGACACGGUUCCAGAUGACAUUCCAAUUCCAUAUGAGGAGAUUGAGAACCCCUGCAGGACAAGCUACGGAUAUGGGGAUAUCAACGCUGGUGCCGUCCACUCCCUCAGCACGGUGGUCCUGCUGCUCACACUGACUCUACAGACUCUACUGAAAUGAAUGGGGCAACGGACUGACUUUCCUUAAUAUCUGCUGGUUUAAUCAGAUUUUCAAAACAUCAUUUUUAUUUGGACAUAAUUGGUGAUAAUAGGUUUAGAGAAUAAUCUCUUAAAUAAGGAAUGGGGAACAUUUAUGUCAGGAUAAGUCUAAGUCUUCUCAUUGAUUUUACUGCCGCUGUUAGUGUUUAGCAUAAGUGUUGACCCCUCUGGAUGUUUUACACUUUUAUUGCUUUCACAAGUC